AUGCAUAUCCUUCGUCCCUUCAUCCUCUUCGCCAUAUUCAUAGCCAUAAACGCAGCGCCGAUAAAGUACUUUCAUGAACCUGGAUGGGAUCUCGAGAGCGGUCACUAUGACUCGCGGUUCUUCCAAGGCAAGAUACCGUACGAGAAGCACCGGCCCGUACUCCGACACCUCAUCAGGUCAUAUCUGACGACGUUCAGGGAACUAGGGGUAGAUACGUGGCUGGCGCACGGCUCGCUGCUGGGAUGGUGGUGGAACGCGCAGAUCAUGCCGUGGGACUACGAUCUCGACGUGCAAGUCAGCGUGGCGACGCUGGCGUUCCUCGGGGAGCGGUAUAAUCGGAGCAUGCACUUUUACGAUGAUGACGAGAGAGAAGGGGCGAAUAAUACGGCAACGACGACGACGGUGAAGAAGAUGUAUCUCCUCGACGUCAACCCGUACUACGGCGCGCUGACCAAGGGCAACGGCGCCAAUGUGAUCGACGCGCGCUGGAUCGACACGAGCAAUGGCAUGUUCAUCGAUAUCACGGGCCUGCGCGAGCGCGACGCCGAUAAGAGCCCGGGAGUCUGGAGCUGCAAGAAUAACCACCGCUACCGCACGGGUGAACUCUGGCCGCUGCGGCGCACCGAGUUCGAGGGUGUUCAGGCUUGGAUCCCGUAUGCCUUUGACAAGGUCCUGACUGACGAGUACGGUCCCAAGAGUCUGGUUACAGAGGAAUGGGCUGGACAUCGCUGGAUACCGGAGCGCAGAGAAUGGGUCAAAGUCCCGAAGAAGAAAGAUAAGAAUAAGAAGCCGCCUAAGAAGGUAGAGCAUAUAACAACGGACGAUGGAAAGAAUAUCGAGAUCGUGUAUGAGGAGGUGGUUGUUGAGGCAUGA